AUGCUACGCUACAACAACGGAAGCCUGCACGCAGCCUCUGUCUGUGAAGGCAUGUGACUGAAGAAGGACAUUCGGUAAAAUUAUGUGAACUUAGCGCUGAGUAGUUUCAAUUCUCCCUGCACCCACCUGACAGGCCUGCAUGCUUGUUAUUUAUCCUUGUCCCUGCGCAGAAAGAAGCCUACCCCUGCACGGCCUGCAGGGACGAGCUGCGCGCAAAAACACCGGCAUGGAUCACCGUCCCAGCACCGACUCCCGCAGCGAGACGAGCCUACUACGGUUUCUUACCCCUUGUUCGAAGAGAGCCCGCAGUGUUAUGAUCAUUGUGAGGGAGCAGCCCUGGAGCAGCAGCAGCAGCAGCAGCAGGCGGCUACAGUCCACUCCUUUGGCCGAGGUCGUUCGUCCUUCCCAGGCUUCUGUGUAGCGCACCUACCGCCGGAGAUCCACCGCACCUUUGGGCGUCAGACGGAUUAG